AUGCACGCGCGCACGCAUACGGGCGACGGUGCAAAAGCGACAUCCUCUGUGAUGCCCGUCCAGCGUGAAGAUGUGUGUGGCGCGCCCCCAACCGACACACACACACACAUGUCCGCAGACCACACCACAGGCGCCCGCACACUCGGAUCCGCCGAUGACGUAUGGCAGUUCAAUGCAUGGUACGUAUGCCCGCUUUCUCACUCCAGGGAUCACGUCGAGCCGCCGCCCGAGCACCGUGCGCAGGUACAGACUCUCCUUGCAAGGCAGGCCGAGGCGCGUGUGAGCGACACGGAUGCACACGCCUACCACGAGGACCCAGCCAAGUACUGGGAUACUUUUUACGCGCGCCACGAAAACCGUUUCUUCAAGGACCGCAAGUGGCUGCAUCUCGAGUUUCCCGAACUGCUAGCCGCGACCAAGCGAGAUGCACCGCCAACGACGAUUCUUGAAGUGGGAUGCGGGGCAGGCAACACCGUCUUCCCGUUGCUGCGUGUGAAUGAAAAUCCGGGGUUGAGGCUGAUUGCGUGCGACUAUGCACCGCAGGCAGUCCACGUCAUCCGCUCGCAUCCUCUUUAUACCUCUCCAUCGCGAAUCGGGACGUGCGAAGCGCAUGUAUGGGAUUUGAGCGCGAAAAGUAAAAACGGCUCGUUAUUGCACCUUCCCCCCGGCGUCGAGCCCGGGCAAGUUGAUAUUAUCGUGCUCAUUUUUGUCCUCUCUGCACUGCACCCCGACGAAUGGGCCGCAGCGGCAGAUAAUGUAUAUCAGAUGCUACGUCCCCGCACCGGCAUUGUCCUACUGCGCGACUACGGCCGGCACGAUCUCCCUCAGCUGCGCUUCAAAAAGAACAGGCUCUUACAAGACAAUUUCUACGUGCGCGGCGACGGCACGCGUGUCUACUUUUUCGAGGCCGACGAGCUCUACCGCAUGUUUGACGCUGCGCCCAAGACGUCACCCCAUCAGCACGCCCACUUUCAGACGCUGCAAAUGGCCGUGGAUCGUCGUUUGCUGGUGAACCGCAAGGAACGGAAGCAAAUGUACCGCGUAUGGCUGCAGGCAAAAUUGCAAAAACAGUAG